AUGGCAAAUGGCGAACGCGGUCAGAGAUGUUUUCUGACCAUCAAUAUUGACGCAGUGCGAGCAGAUCAGAUGAGAGAGCUCGAGGCGACAAAGUUGAUGUGCCACUUGACAGAAAACUCUUCUGGUGCAGAUGUAAAUGACUUACUGGAUCAGCUUGAACAGGCGGCGGAAGAGGAGCAAUUUCUUAGGGCCGGCAAUGACCGCCAGUUCACUAUCGGUCCAUACUCUGUCUUCUCGACGAUCAAGGCACCAAAGAUCACUGUCGCUGAGCUUGACCCUAAUGAUGUGGUUGGUGACGACCAAGAUCCGCCUACAACACCGACACCCUUCGCGACUCUGAAUCCAUAUUCGGAUCCGUACACUUUUCACACUGGUCUAAGCCAAUAUGGGACCGAUAGUUCUCAGGGAGCCUUACUCUACGAUGACAGCGACUUCUUCAUCGGACACGAGACGUUUGACUUCAGCAUCGACCCAGCAGUAAAUUUACCACUCUCGUCACACUCGCCAAAGCAGGUCAAUCCACACAAUCAAGCACUCUCAACUCCGUUCAACUUCAAUGGGGAGCAGGAACAGCAGACAGAAAUUGAACUGGAUCCAUGGACCAGCCCUCAGUUGUGUUCCUCGCCCUCUAGCUCGCCUUAUCUCCCGUCGAAUGUCAGGUUCCUUCUCAAUCACUAUGCUACGCAUGUUAUCGAUUCGCUCACCAGUGUUCCCCUUCCGAAAGAGCGAUCGCCAUGGCGUGGUCUCCAUUUGUCCUGCGCAAUGACCGCCUACGGAGAAAUGGAUGUCCUCGACGAAGCAAGCACUACAGUUAAGGACUCAGGUUCCUUUCGACAGGCGAUGGAAUCAGCUCAGCACUGGUCGGGACAGGCGCAGAAGUUCCGCAACAUUGGUCGCGUUGCGUUUCGAAAGCACUUAGAAUCCAUUGACGCUUCCCACAAACCCAAGUACAAGGAGUCUCUCAUGGCUGCUAUGAGUCUGGUCUGCGUUGGCAUUAUGAGUGGUGAUGUUUGGGAUUCGCGAUUCUACAUCUUGCAGUGUGAGAACAUCAUCAGGAAGUUGGGUGGGAACAAAACCCGGUUUUCGAAGAAGGCCCUGCAGUUACAUCGGAUCUUUGCCUUUAUCUCCAUAUUGGAGAGAACAACAUUCUUCCAAACGGAGACCGAGUAUGGCGAGCUUCUCGAAGAUAACGAGUGCAUCACAAGUGAGGCUGGUAGGAUCAACUGCGCGACCAGUGCCCAGCAGGACCUUGUGGUCAAUCUGUCCAGAGAUAACGAGUCUCGACUUACAGUACACGAAUUGAAGCUUGAUAUCGCUCGGGAUGCCGGUUUCGAGACCUUCUCGGGCAUUCCUGGCACUUUAUUCGACAUGCUAGCAACGACAAACACCCUGAUCGAGAAGAUUGGAGCCAGGGCUCUGCGUGGAACAAAUCAAUACUCGAUUCCUAUCGACUUGUUGGAUGAGGUGGCCCAGCUGGAACACACGAUCUGCAACUACGAAACGGAGUCGGCGUCCUCAUGCCGAAGGUUAGACUUUCUUCAGUCCUCUACUGCUUUAGCAUACCUCGACACGGAUGAAGCUGCGGCAGACUCGAGCAGUGUGAUGGCAUUCAGCAUGCGCAAUGCAAUAUACAACGCCUUGCUGGUUUACUUCUUUCGAGAGAUUCGCAACACUAACGCCAAGAUUCUCCAGCACUACGUCAAGAAGGUGAUCGUAUGCCUCGAAACCCACCAAAAAGUCAAGUCACGGCACUAUUCAUCGAACCGGAUUGGGUUGGUGGUGUGGCCGAGUUUCAUCGUUGCAUGCGAAGCGCUGAGUGCUGAUUUGCGGAGUCGCGCCAUCGCUUGUAUUGGGCAUGCUGUCGAGGCGGGCUUUAAGAACGGGGAGAUAGCCCAGACUGUGGUUCGAGAGGUUUGGAGACAGCGCGACGCCGGAGAUGCGAACGUCUCGUGGCGCGAGAUUGUGCGGAGAUCGGGCGUGUUUAUGUUGUUGACUUGA